GCCCGGUUUUCUUUGUUCGGGGCUUCGCUCCUCGGCGGUGUUUUUGAGGGAUGGGAUUUUAAUAUGGAGGCCCAAUCAAUAGUAAUGAUGACAAUGAUGGUGAAAUAGUUUUUCAGUUAUGGAAUGAAAAUAUUAUAUCAAAACAUUGAAGCUUUUCAGUCCAAAUUCUUUCCACCCCUUCAAAACGCGAUGCUACCACCUAAUAGUUUUCAAGGAAAAGUGGUGUUCAUUACCGGGGGAGGUACUGGCCUUGGUAAAGGAAUGACAACUCUUCUGUCCAGCCUAGGGGCUCACUGUGUGAUAGCCAGCCGAAAGAUUGAUGUUUUGAAAGCUACUGCAGAUCAGAUUUCUUCUCAAACUGGAAAUAAGGUUCAUGCAAUUCAGUGUGAUGUGAGGGAUCCUGAGAUGGUGCAAAACACUGUGUCGGAACUGAUCAAAGUCGUGGGACAUCCUGAUAUUGUGAUAAACAAUGCAGCAGGGAAUUUUAUUUCUCCCACUGAAAGACUCUCUCCUAAUGCUUGGAAGACCAUAAUCGACAUAGUUCUAAAUGGUACAGCCUUUGUGACACUAGAAAUUGGAAAACAACUAAUUAAAGCACAGAAAGGAGCAGCAUUUCUUGCUAUUACAACUAUCUAUGCUGAGACUGGGUCAGGUUUUGUAGUACCAAGUGCUUCUGCCAAAGCAGGAGUGGAAGCUAUGCACAAGUCUCUUGCAGCUGAAUGGAGUAAAUAUGGAAUGCGAUUCAACGUGAUUCAACCGGGGCCUAUAAAAACCAAAGGUGCCUUUAGCCGUCUUGACCCAACUGGAGCAUUUGAGAAAGACAUGAUCAACAGAAUUCCCUGUGGUCGGCUAGGAACUGUGGAAGAACUUGCAAAUCUUGCUGCUUUCCUUUGUAGUGAUUAUGCUUCUUGGAUUAAUGGAGCAGUCAUUAGAUUUGAUGGUGGAGAGGAAGUACUUAUUUCAGGGGAAUUCAACAGUCUGAGUAAGGUCACCAAGGAGCAGUGGGAGACAAUAGAAGGACUCAUCAGAAAGACUAAAGGUUCCUAAGACCACUCUGGCCUCUGUCUUGGUUACAGAAAAAGUCAAGGAAUAGAAAUGAUACAAACUGUCUGUAAUCUUUCAAGUAUUUUCAAGUCUAAUAAAUUGUUAAGUAACCAGCAGUCA